AUGCGUUUCCACACUCUUUCUUGCCUGCUGCUUGCGGCCGUGGGUGUUCAAGGUCGUCAUGAGCAUCCAACUCGUCACCGAAAAGCAGAUCUUGGAUGGACCUGCGUCAAUGUCGGGCAGAGUACCGGGAUGAAGACGGUUGGGUACUUUGGUAACUGGGAUAUCUACGGAGCCAACUAUCGCAUCACCGACGUUCCCGCUGAACAAUUGACUCAUUUGACUUAUUCUUUUGCUAAUAUCAAUACGACCACCGGUGCAAUUUUCCUGAGCGACACCUGGGCUGACCUCCAGUUCCCCUACCCCGGAGACAACAACACUGCACCGGGCAACAAUGUCUACGGAAAUGUCAAGCAGAUGUAUCUGCUGAAGAAGGCGCACCGUAAGCUCAAGACAAUGCUCUCCGUUGGUGGCUGGACCUUCCGUGAGAAUUUCAUCCCUAUGCUUGCGUCUGCCACCAAGCGCCAGGCCUUUGUCGACUCGGCGGUGCAGCUCAUUGCCGAUCUCGGAUUUGACGGCAUUGAUAUCGACUACGAGUAUGUGGCCGAUCACGACCAGGCUGCACAGAUGGUCGACCUCCUGACACGCCUGCGCCAGAGCCUGAACCAACUGGCCACCACGACCAAUGCGUCCCAUCCGUUCCAAAUCACCUACGCUGCUCCGGCCAACGUGCAGAAGAUUGCUCUGCUGGACCUUGCCGGCAUGACCCCGCUGGUGGAUUUCUUCAACGUGAUGGCUGUGGACUACCAGGGUCCUGGAUUCAGUAACUACACGGGCUAUCUGGCCAACAUCUUCCCGGAUACGCGAAACCCUCGUGCAACCGACUUCAACACCGUCUCCGCGCUGGAUGCAUACCUCGUCGGCGGCGGGGUUCCCUCCCACAAGAUCGUCCUGCAAAGCCCUCUCUACGGACGCUCCUUCAACGGUACCAACGGCAUGGGCGACAAGUUCAUCGAUGGCGGCUCGCUGGGCAGUCUCGGCACGGCCGCAGUGUGGAGAUACCGCGACCUCCCCGUGCCCGGAUACAAUGCCCGCGUGGUCAAUGUGCCUCGUGUGGGUGGCAGCUACAGCUACGACGCCAAGCGCAAAUACCUCAUUAGUUACGAUACUCCCGAGAUUGCCGCUCUCAAGGCCGAGUAUACUCAGUGCAUGGGAUUGGCCGGCACCGCCUGGUGGGAGGUCAGCCAAGAUCGAACUGAUAACCUGAGCCUGAUCAGCACCACUGUGAACCAGUAUGGUGGUUGUGCGGCUCUGGAUCAGUCUGAGAACAACCUCAACUACCCGACUAGUGUCUACGAGAACCUGAAAGCGGGAUUCCCUGACAAUUGA